AUGCCAUUGGUAAAAAGAAACAUAGACCCCAGAUAUCUUUGUCAUACAGCACUGCCACGGGGCAUCAAAAAUGAACUAGAAUGUGUUACCAAUAUCUCCUUGGCAAACAUUAUUAGACAACUAAGCAGUCUAAGUAAAUAUGCAGAAGAUAUAUUUGGUGAACUUUUCAACGAAGCACAUAGUUUUUCCUUCAGAGUGAACUCCUUACAAGAACGUGUGGACCGCUUGUCCAUCAGUGUUACACAACUUGAUCCAAAGGAAGAAGAACUUUCAUUACAGGAUAUAACAAUGAGGAAAGCUUUCAGAAGUUCCACGACUCAAGAUCAGCAGCUCUUUGACCGUAAGACUCUUCCAAUUCCAUUGCAAGAGACUUACGAUACAUGUGAACAGCCUCCUCCACUGAACAUACUUACACCUUACAGAGAUGAUGGAAAAGAGGGCUUGAAGUUUUACACCAAUCCUUCGUAUUUCUUUGAUCUUUGGAAAGAAAAGAUGUUGCAAGAUACAGAAGACAAAAGAAAAGAAAAAAGAAAGCAGAAGCAGAAGAAUUUAGAUCGUCCUCAUGAACCGGAAAAAGUGCCACGGGCUCCCCAUGACAGACGGAGAGAGUGGCAGAAGCUAGCCCAGGGUCCAGAACUUGCUGAAGAUGAUGCGAGCCUCUUACAUAAACACAUUGAAGUUGCUAAUGGCCCUGCGUCGCAUUUUGAGACAAGACCUCAGGCAUAUGUGGAACACAUGGAUGGACCUUAUUCCCUUUCUGCGUUGCCAUACAGCCAGAUGACAGAACUACUGAGUAGGGCAGAGGAACGUGUAUUAGUAAGACCACAUGAGCCACCUCCACCCCCACCUAUGCAUGGAGGUGGAGAUGUGAAACCCAUUCUGCCAUGUGUCAGCUCCACCUCAGGUUUGAUUGAAAAUCGCCCUCAGUCACCUGCUACGGGCAGAACACCAGUGUUUGUGAGUCCUACACCACCACCACCGCCUCCACCCCUUCCAUCUGCUUUGUCUACUUCUUCAUUAAGAUCUGCAAUGACUUCCACUCCUCCCCCUCCAGUGCCACCGCCUCCACCACCUCCAACAGCUGCUUUGCAAGCUCCAGCUGUACCGCCACCUCCAGCUCCUCUCCAGAUUGCUCCUGGAGUUCUUCACCCUGCUCCUCCUCCAAUUGCACCUCCUUUAGCACAACCCUCUCCUCCAGUCACUAGAGCUGCCCAAGUGUGUGAAACCAUUCUAGUUCCACAAGGUGAAAUGCAAGGACUUCCACCACCUCCACCACCACCUCCACUGCCACCUCCUGGUAUACGACCCUCAUCACCAGUCACAGCUCUCUCUCACCCUCCCACAACCAUUGUCCCUGGCCCUCAUGUUCCAAUAAUGCCUCCAUCCCCACCGUCCCAAGUCACCCCUGCUUCUGAACCUAAACGGCACCCAUCAACACUACCGGUCAUCAGUGAUGCCAGAAGUGUCCUCCUGGAAGCAAUACGAAAAGGUAUUCAGUUACGAAAAGUUGAAGAGCAGCGUGAACAAGAAGCUAAACACGAGCGUGUUGAGAAUGAUGUUGCCACCAUAUUGUCACGCCGUAUCGCUGUGGAAUAUAGCGAUUCUGAAGAUGACUCAGAGUUUGAUGAAGUUGAUUGGUUGGAGUAG